AUGAAAAUGAUAUUUGUUAUCUCAAAUCUAGCGCUUAUUCACAAAGUGAGAGCUUUUAAGAUGAAGGAAAUGGAUUCAUUUCAUUAAUUUUCAUCAGAGGAAAAAUGA